CAGAACCAAGAGCAAUAAAGACCGACGUAGCGUGGUCACGUUUCCCGAAAGCACCGCCGCGGCCAGGUCCCCAACUUCCUUCCCCAACUCGAUGUAUCCUUCUACCGAUGAGAAAGUGUAUAUCGAUGCCGCAGAGCGUCUCAUGGUCAAAGUAAUGGCCCGUUAUGAUCCCUCUCACGACGCCUUCCAUGUGCGACGCGUUAGAAAAACAGCUUUGGCCAUCGCGAAUGCGCUCCCGCUUACACCGGAUCUUCUGACUGUGGAACUGGCUGCGCUUCUUCACGAUGUGUUAGACAAGAAAUAUGUUUCCCUAGAAGAGGCUUCUGAUCCCUACGCCUUUUUUCUGCCGUUAUUCCAAUCGGCAGCGAGGGAAUCUAACAUAGAUAUAAUUAAGGAUGGCCGAGCUAGCCAGAUCGCUUUAAUUGUUGACAGUGUAUCCUGGUCGACGGAGAAGAAAUUGAGAGCUACAGGAAAGUGGAAUGUAUGGCAUGACGAAUGUGUGGAAUUGCAUUGUGUUCAAGACGCAGAUAGGCUAGAUGCUAUCGGUGCAUUUGGUAUAUUACGUUGCGCUGCCUUUAGUGCUUCCCAAAACAAACCUUUGCAUACCCCACAAGAUGAUAUCGCUGCAGGUUUAUCCGCUAUGCAGCACUUCUCUGAUAAAUUAAUACACAUCCGUGAGGGAAUGAAGACGCAGCCUGGCAAGCAGCUCGCGGUCAAAAGGCACCAGCUCGUGGGUCAAGUCAAUCAGAUUGGUUCAUGGUCUGAACAGUUUUUUACAGUUGAUUCAUUUCAUGCAGUCUGUGAACGAAGAGUACUCAGUGACAUGACCCGACCUAGCGAGACUCCCGCAUUCUCACCUCCUGUAAACUACUUUUACCUGUUUUUUAAAAUCAAAUUAUCUCGCCUCACGCAUGGCACGUUGCAUCCACUCCAAAGAACAUGUAGUGAGCGAGCAACGUCAAGUUGCUUAAUGUACAUGUAG